AUGGUCCAUUGUCCGAAAACUGAAAAGGGUUUAGAAGAGAAGCAAUUGUUGGGUUCAUAUGUUGAAGAAGCACUGGGAGAUAAAUCUAUGGCGACUGGCUCCUUCACCUCACUUGUUAAUGGAGGGAUUAAGAAAUUUGAGUUGCAAGUUUCUACUGAAGACCAGAACUCGAAUUGCUUGAAAAAUUAUUCAUCUUCGACUAUUGAGGAUUCUCAUUUCAACGGGGAAAAUUCAGCUGGUGUGUUGUCUAAUGAUAAAACGUUGGCAGAUGAUGGUGAGGUUGCAAAAACUAAUGUUGAAUCUCCUUGCAAUGUUCAAGUUUUGGACUGGAAAUUUUCUCCGGUUAACGAUUAUAAUGAAGUUACCAAAAAUUACAACGAGGAAAUGAAGCAGUCUGAGAUUGAAGACAAUGAUACUGAAGUUGUGGAAAAAGUCGAAGACUUGAAUGUACAAUGCAUGCCAGUGACACCACCAGACUCCGGCAUGAUUUCUAAAAUGGAGACUGAUGAUAGCAGAGGCAUCGGAGUGGAUUGCCUUUCUCAAGGAACGAAUCUAGAUGGUGAAAAGUUGAAGAAUGGAGCCUUUCACAGAAACGGUGGUCACUCAAGUCCUAAGAACAAGUUGGUCCCAAACCAGCAGUUGCGUCCGAAGCUAUGUAAAAUCCCGGGUUCUUUCAGUUAUCGAAGGUUGCUUCCGUUUCUGAUAGACUUAACUAAUGAUAACUCCUGCGAGUCCUUUACUUCCUUGACUAUCUCCCACUUGCCGAACCCUUGUGCUUCUGGCAGAACUUGCUCUGUAGAGCAGUAUACCGGUGAUGGUAUUUGGGUGCCUGUGACUGAAGCAACUGCUAUAGGAUGUUCAUCUAACGAUAAACUGACACGAUCUCCACCUAAACAACUUGCUGGUUCCUUGCUGAUACCGGAUUCACAACAGGAACAUGCAUCGGUUAUUAAACAUGCUGCAUUGGACGCAAACCAAAAAGAAGAAGAAUCUAAGUCAGUGUCUUGUCGGCUAACCUUUGAAACCGAAGGGGAUACCACAAAGUCUAGUGCAAAAUUUGCAAAUCAUGUAAAGCUAAUCGAAGCUGAUUGCUCAGGAGAAGCAUCUCUUCCUAUAGGACUUCCUAUUGUCAGUCUCGAAAAGGGGAUCCUUAAAAGAAAUCCUCCUGGAUGCAGAGGUAUAUGUUCUUGUCUGAAUUGCACUUCUUUCCGGCUUCACGCGGAGAGAGCAUUCGAAUUCUCAAGAAACCAGAUGCAAGAUGCUGAAGAAGUGGCCUUGGAUUUGAUUAAAGAGUUAUCGUUCCUGCGGAAUGUCUUGGAGAAAUCCGCUUCUGGUUCUAAUGAUCACCCCAGUAUAUCCAUCAAUGAGGUUACAGAUGCUUGCAAGAAAGCCUCUGAAGCCGAAGAACGUGCCAAAGCUCGUCUCGGCGAAAUGAACUACGAUCUAAACAUUCAUUGCAGAAUCCCAUGUGGGCUGCGACCGAGCGUGAGAUUCGCCAAUUAUGUCGAAGAACAAAUCAUUCUGAUAGCCGAUUCAUCAAAUAAAUAGUUUUACA